UUAUAAAUAACAGCAAUUUGAUCGAAUUCCUUCUUCUUCGUUCCUUUCAUUCCAUUUCUUUCACUUUCAAGAAUCAAUUGUUAAUCGACCUGAGAAUCAAAAAUGUCUUUGACUGAAUCUUGCUGCAAUACUCCUCCUGUUCAGGAUGCCCAAUGGCACAAUAAGGGUGAGCAAGUCGCCUUGUCGCAACAGAUUGCGGGUGAGGAGCGUACCACAUACCGCACCGGACCUAAGGAUUCGAAGCGUGGCCUCAUUGCCAUUUAUGACAUCUUUGCCUAUCAUCCUACGACUUACCAGUUCUUUGAUCGUAUCGCCGAGUCCCAUGGUGGCUUCCAACUGUCUGCUCCCCAUAUUUUCACCAAGGGUGGUUACCCACCCGAUCAGAUGGGGGAUAGCGCUAAGCUGAUGGCCUGGAUUGGUGCCAAUGGCGAUUACAAGGGCAAUCAUAUUGACGAGAUUAUUCGUGUCGCUGUCGAGGAUUUACGCAAGGAUGGGUGUACCUCUUUUUCCAUCUUUGGGCAAUGCUGGGGAGCUCUCAUGUCGGUCAAGGCUGCUUCUGAAGAAGGAAAUCCCUUUUUGGCAGCAGGUGGUCCCCAUCCAUCGUUCUUUUCCAUCGAAACUGUCAAAGAUACAAAGGCUCCUCUGAUUAUUUUGGCCUCCAAGGAUGAAGCUGACAUGGUUCCUGUUAUCGACUCUAUCAAGCAUAAGAACUUCCCUGUUGAGCCAUUCCACAAGCGUUUUGAUAACAUGCACCAUGGCUGGACUGGAGGUCGCGGAGACUGGAGCCAACCCGACCAAUUCCAAGCCGGGCUCGAGGCUGUUGACCUCUUGAGUGGGUUCUUUGCAAAGGCCGCUUCUGCUAGCAAGUUGUAACGAGUAAUUCAUAUUGUCUGCAUCGCUGUAAAUAAAGAG